AGGUGAUGUGGAGGCAGACGGCUACUACUCCUUCUGAUCCUUGGAGAGCGUACAUCUCCGCUCUAUCAACCCGGAUGCUGAGCACUGCCCAGUGCGCAGCCCUGUCGGCACAGUAAGGGGCGGAAUUAUUCCCGGACCUUUGAAUCGCAGCCUUCCCCCGCUGCUCAGUCGUCUGGCCGCCAGGCUCUACAUCCGAGCCGGGAGAGGAAGGUGGAUUUAAAUGUGCAGCCUUCCUAGUGUACGGUAAGGUGCUGCUGUCACGGGGAAGGCACACACAUCCGUGUUCCUGCAAGAUCUUGGCAGAUCGUGACUACCUGCACGCCAGGAAAGACGUAGUGACAGACUGAGAAAGAGGAAGAAGGGAAGCGGGGUGGGGGGAAAGGAGCAUCACUGCUGAGGGAGAUGGCCGAGUGCGGGCGGAAGGCGCUGUCUCUCUUGGAAGCGGCCCGCUCCCGGUAUGAGAGCCUGCAGAUAUCCGACGAUGUGUUCGGCGAGUCCGGGGAUGACAGUAGCGACAAUCCCUUCUACAGCACCUCGGGGGACUCCGACUCCGACAACUACAUAGCCGAGGUGGGCGAGCAUGAGCAGCAGCACCAUCAGCACCACCACCAUCCAAAACGCGGGGACAAGGAUUGUGGCCACAGCGGGGGGUCUGGUGGCGGGUCUGGCGGCGGGAGCAGCGGGCCCCCGGGCUCCCUCACCCGGAGUCAGGCUGAGGAGGAAGGCUGGACGGAGACGCUGCAGGAUGUCACGGUCCCGCCGUACAAAGAGACAUACGGACCCGCUCAGAGGAUGCCGGCCACCGCCACUGCCUUGGACUUUUUCCAGCUCUUCGUCCCAGACAACUGCAUCCAAAACAUGGUCACCCAGACAAACAUGUACGCCAAGAAGUUUCAGGAGCGCUUCGGCUCCGAAGAAGGCUGGUGUCCCGUCACGGCUCAGGAGAUGAAGGCCUUCCUGGGCUUCGUCAUCUCCACCAGCGUGCACCGCUGCGAGUCGGUGCUCAGCAUCUGGAGCUCGGGCUUCUUCAGCAACAGGAGCAUCGCCUUGAAGAUGAGCCAGUCGCGCUUCGAGAAGAUCCUCAAGUACUUUCACAUCGUGGCUUUCCGCCCGUCCCAGGGGAGCAAUCAGGGCCUUUACAAGAUCCAGCCGUUCCUGGACUCGCUGCAGCAGUCGUUCAGCUGCACCUUCAGGCCCUCGCAGACACAGGUUCUUCAUGAGCCACUGAUAGACGAGGACCCCGUGUUUAUCACCACCUGCACAGAAAGAGAUCUGAGGAAGAGGAAGAAGAGGAAGUUCAGUCUCUGGGUCCGGCAGUGCACCUCCACCGGAUUCAUCUGUCAGAUCUCCGUCCAUCUGAAGGAGGGCCAGGGCACAGAUGGACUGGCCACCUUGAAGAACAAGCCCCAACUCCACAGCCUCGUGGCCAAGCAGCUCUGUCAGAACAUCUCCGGCAAGAACGCCAUCAUCUUCACGGGGCCGUCCAUCACCAGCCUCGGCCUCUUCUCUGAAUUCAGCAAGCAGGAUAUCUACUGCUGUGGCUUGCUGAGCACCAGGAAGAGUGACUGCACAGGUUUGCCCCAAAGCAUGCUGGUCUGCAGCUCCACGCCGGCGAAACGCGGCCAGUCACGCGUGAUGAUGAAGGGCAGCAUGUCUCUGAUCAGCUGGUACAAUAAGGGACACUUCAGGUUCAUUACCAAUGCCUACUCACCAACAAAAGAAGGAGUGAUUAUUAAGAGGAAAAGUGGAGAAAUCCCGUGCCCCCUUGCCGUCGAAGCCUUUGCGGCACAUCUCAGCUACAUCUGCAAAUACGACGACAAGUACAGCAAAUAUUUUAUCUUCCAUAAGCCCAACAAGACUUGGCAGCAGGUAUUCUGGUUGAGCAUCAGCAUCGCCAUCAAUAACGCGUACAUCCUUUACAAGAUGUCCGACGCCUACGCCGUCAAGCGCUACAGCCGAGCGCAGUUUGGAGAGAGACUGGUCAGGGAGCUGCUGGACCUGGACGACUGUUCCCCCACACAGGGAAUGGAGAUAAAUACGGAGCAGACCUAGAAGGAAACCUGUUAAGAGGCUGCAAAAGCCUUACGACUAUGGCAGAGGUUGACAUUCCGGCAAACCGGAGAAGCGAUGGAACGAUUUUAGCUCAGAACAUCUUCCUGUCAACAUCCGCACCUAAAUCCUGUCCGUCCAACCCGACUGAGCUUGAGCUGUUUGGCAGAGAGGAAGUGGCUAAGAUUGUCUGUCACUGCAAAGACUGCAAAAGUCUGGCUUCAUUCAAAACAAUACUAUUUAGGUUUUGUUCUUUUAAUAAAAACUGAAAACCAUGCAUCAUUUUCCUUCCUUUCCUUACACACUACUUUGUGUUGAUUUGUUUAAUUGCGUUUUAGGAUUGUAAUGUGACAUAAUAUGUUCAAGUGGUGUGAAUACUUUUGGAAGGCUCUGUGUGGUAUGUUUUAGGAGAUUAACUGAUUAAUCAAAAAUGAUCAAUCUGUUCGAUUUUAUAUAUACAGAGAGUCUUCAUUACAUUAAUUUCUUCUGAAUUACUUUUUUUUUUAAACUCAUAACUUCAUUUCACUGUUUACAUCUGACUAAGUAUUCAAUUGCCGGUCCCAUUGUUUUUGGCAGGAGUCCUUUCCCUCCUCCUGUUUCACAGUGAGGUAUAACUGAGUUUUAGAGGGCAGAAAACGUCCGAGCGCUCCAGCGUUGCCAGGCAGUGAGUACAGACUUGGCCGCUGUUCAGGGCUCCGUUCAUAUAGUAACGUUUGGCCAGAUUUACUGUGGAAGCAGCGGGAAAAAACGGGUCUAGACGCAAUCAGGUUAAGAUGAUGAUAGUCCGUGGUUUGACUUUGAUGCGACGCAACAAAAUUAUAUAAGUAAGACGGCAGCUUAUGUUACAAAGGGAUUUCAUGAGAUAGAAGAGGAUUUUUUUUUUUUUUUUUUGAGUAGCAUUUCUCAGUGUGAGCGUCCCGUGGCAUUAGUCUUUGUAGAGAAGCCACCGUUUCCUCGUCUGAGCUCAAACUGCGCCAUAUUGCCGCCUGAGGAAUGGCUCAUUUAGCUUAGCUGAACAUGGUGGGGCUUCGUUCCUGUUGUUAUGCUGGGAAAACAUAAAUGAAGAGUUUAAUAUGUGUGAAAAGUAUUGUGUCAGCAUGGUUCGGUGUGUGAAUACAUGAUGUUACAGUGAUACGACGGCAUUCGUUGAGUGAUUCACUCAUUCACCCCACCCACCCACUCCAUCGCUCCCAUCACGGUCUUGCACUUUGAAAGCUCUGAAGCUAGUAAGAUGUUUUUAAUUUUGGGCAAAAAAAAAAAAAAAAAAAAAAGUCAAAUAUACAUUGGUGGUGUGGGUGAGAUUUGUAAAUAUAGGUAGAGAAAUGAAUAAUAUAUAUGUGAAAAUACACAAAUGAUUAUAGUGUGAAAACGAAAGAGUAGAUCUACAACAGAAGGGACGUCCAUUUGGUUUCAUGUUAAUAAUCACUCCGUGUCUCAGACUGAAGAUUGUGAUUUCUUUUUAUCCUUUCACUAAUCCAGAUCAUAGCUGUUGUUGGUCUUGUGCGUGUGAACCGCUGAACUCUGUAAAUGAAUGUUUCGGACUGCCACCAACUAACACUGUUUAUCCAUGAUUUUAAGACAAUGUUUGAUAAUUGUCAUAGGCAAAUGUUUUCACUCAAUUGCA